UAGAAAAAAAUAACAACACGUGCGUAGUGGUGAAGAACGAGAAAAAGUGAAAAAAACUGAAAUAUAAUUUUUAAUUUAUCAUAAGAAAGAAUUAAUUUAGCAAUUUUUAAUAAAACAAAAUGAAAACUAAACAAGUUAAACAGAAAAAACCGAUUGAACCGGAUAGUGAUUCUAGUUUUGAAGAGGAGGAUGAUGGUAAACAAAUCGGCGAUAUGCUAGCAGAUUCAGACAACGAUGAUGAUGAUGAAGAAAUGGAGGAAGGUGAUGUAGGACCUGUUACCGAUAGUUCUGAUGAUGAUGACAAAGAUAUGGCUGAUGAAAAGCCAACAACUAGUAAAAAUGCGCGAAAAUUGUCAGCUAAUGAUAAAAGUAAUAAAGAAAAUGACUCCAGCGAAGGGGAAGAUGAUGGUGAUGAUGAUGACGACGAUGAUGAUGAUGAUGAGGAAGACGAUAAAGAACCUGAAGUUAGAAUGCCUAUUAUAAAUCCCUUAAGUUUGAUGCGUAAUAAGGAACAAAGAACGGCUUUGUUUCGUAAAAUGAAAAAGGAAAAGCAUAAAAAGAAAAUGCAAGAACGUAGAGCCAGACGCAAAGCCGGCGUCCCCAGAAACCCAGGUCACACUAUUGAAAGUUUAAGAGAAAAAGAUCAGACCACUGUCAACAACUUGGAUGAUUCAGAUAAUGAGGAACUGCGCAAAGAAUUGCAAUUGGAUGAUUUUAGUUCGUAUUUUGAACGCACCUACGAACCUAAAGUCCUUAUUACUUUUGCCGAUAAUCCGGUGACAAAAACCCGAAAAUUUGGUUUGGAGUUGGGACGUAUAUUCCCCAAUGCUUUGGUGAAAAUCCGCAACAAGUCAUCCGUUAAGAAAAUCUGUAAAUCUGCUAUACGUGAAGAAUACACCGAUGUUGUUAUCAUCAAUGAGGAUAGACGCAAACCUAAUGGUUUACUCGUUAUACAUUUACCCAAUGGACCUACUGCCCUGUUUAAAGUAUCCAAUGUUAAGUUAACAUCCGAUAUGAAAAGAGAUCACAAAGAAAUUACCAAACAUCGUCCUGAAGUUAUACUUAACAACUUUACCACACGUUUGGGUUUGACGGUAGGUCGUAUGUUGGGUGCUCUAUUUCAUCAUGAUCCCGAAUUUAAGGGACGUCGUGCUGUUACUUUUCACAAUCAACGUGAUUACAUAUUCUUCCGUCAUCAUCGCUAUGAAUUCACCAAGGAGGGAAAACGUGUCAAAUUACGUGAAUUGGGUCCACGUUUCACAUUGAAAUUGCGUUCUCUACAGGAAGGUACCUUCGAUAGCAAAACUGGUGAUUAUGCCUGGAUUAUAACGAACAAACGUCAUGCUCUGGAAGCCUCCAGACGUCGUUUCCACUUGUAGUUGUGUUUAAGACCGAUUUCUUUUGUUUUUAAGUUUCUAACAAUGUAAUUUUUAAAUACAUUUUAUUAAAAUUUUGUAAAAAGAA